AACUUAAAUUUGUGAUUUCAUUAUUAGUACAGUAUAUUACUUAGUAAUUUAAAAUAAAAAUGCGUGAAUGUCUAUCAAUACAUGUGGGACAGGCAGGUGUCCAAAUGGGAAACGCCUGUUGGGAACUAUAUUGUCUGGAACACGGCAUACAACCCGACGGCCAGAUGCCCAGCGACAAGACCAUUGGCGGCGGCGAUGACUCGUUCAAUACGUUUUUCUCGGAGACGGGUAGCGGUAAACACGUACCGCGUGCUGUGUUUGUUGAUUUGGAGCCUACAGUAGUGGACGAAGUACGCACCGGUACCUAUAGACAACUAUUUCAUCCGGAACAACUUAUUACUGGCAAAGAGGACGCCGCUAACAACUACGCGCGCGGACACUAUACUAUUGGCAAAGAGAUUGUAGAUCUGGUAAUCGAUAGGAUUCGCAAACUGGCCGAUCAGUGCUCAGGACUUCAGGGAUUUCUCAUAUUUCACUCGUUUGGCGGCGGAACUGGCAGUGGAUUCACAUCACUGUUGAUGGAAAGACUGUCCGUUGAUUACGGAAAGAAAGCCAAACUGGAGUUCAGUAUAUAUCCCGCACCUCAGGUGUCGACAGCUGUGGUGGAACCGUACAACUCGGUGUUGACCACUCAUACGACACUCGAACACAGCGACUGUGCCUUUAUGGUGGACAAUGAGGCCAUCUACGACAUAUGCCGACGCAAUUUGGACAUUGAGAGACCAACUUAUACAAACUUGAACCGUUUAAUUGGCCAGAUUGUGUCAUCUAUUACAGCAUCCCUGCGCUUCGAUGGCGCCCUCAACGUAGAUCUCACAGAAUUUCAGACUAAUCUGGUGCCGUACCCGCGCAUACACUUUCCGUUGGCCACGUAUGCACCGGUGAUCAGCACUGAAAGAGCAUAUCACGAACAGUUGACAGUGUCUGAGAUUACAAAUGCUUGUUUUGAGCCGCAAAACCAGAUGGUUAAGUGCGAUCCCAGACAUGGAAAAUAUAUGGCCGUAUGUCUGCUUUAUCGGGGAGAUGUGGUCCCAAAAGACGUUAACGCGGCCAUAGCGGCCAUCAAAACUAAACGUAGUAUACAGUUUGUCGACUGGUGUCCAACCGGUUUCAAGGUAGGCAUCAACUAUCAGCCGCCAACUGUAGUUCCCGGCGGAGAUUUGGCUAAAGUUCAGCGCGCCGUCUGUAUGUUGUCCAACACUACAGCGAUUGCCGAAGCGUGGGCCCGAUUGGACCAUAAGUUUGAUCUAAUGUACGCCAAACGGGCGUUUGUACACUGGUAUGUAGGCGAGGGUAUGGAGGAGGGAGAGUUCAGUGAGGCCCGCGAGGACUUGGCUGCACUGGAAAAGGAUUACGAAGAGGUUGGCAUCGAUUCGGCUGAUGGAGACGCCGAUGCCGGCGAUGAAUACUAGACGAUAUAUUAAAUACUAUAUCAGUGCUCACAGUUCGGCACAGUUAGCACAUCCGGUUUGUGGUUAAUAGCACUACAUUUCCAAUUUACAAAUUAGUUUAAUUUCUAAUUACAGUAUGUGUCACAUUUACAUUAUAAAUUAACUAUACAAUAGUUACCGUACUGUUUAUGGUUAGCAAAAAAAUAUAAUUAUAGUAUUUAUACAAUUUAAUAU